AGCUUCUCUAUAACGCCGAAUUAAAAUAAAUAGACGCUAGAACUAGAAGUAGACAGAAAAACUACUUCAUCUGUUAAUUUUGUUUGAAUAUGGAGGCCUUUGACAGCAGCUUGUACUCAAUAGCUGUAACUGCAACUGUAGUUCUACUAUUCGCAUCAACUAUUUAUACAUUAAGAAAUAUUUUGAAAAUUUGGAGAAAAGGAGCACCAUCUUCAGUAUCAGCAGAAAAUAUUAUAAAUGCAACUCAUUAUCUCGACCGCGAUGAAGGUGAGGGAGAUGAAAUUGAUAAAGUUAAUUUUGAAGGUGGAGAUGCACCAGAAGUUGAUCCUAUGCAAUAUUGUGAACAUAUACAGAGUGAAGUAAAGAAAGCUAAAUUUAGAGUGGCUGAGAAAAAGAUUGGAGAAACAAUGACAGCAGACCAAAUAGCUGAAGAAAAAGAAAUGCAACGAAAACAGUUGGAAGAAAUAUUUAGACUUAUGCAGGAGCAAAAUGACAAAUUUGGAGUCAACAGUGUAGAGGAUAUACAGAACCAGAUGAAAUUGUAUGCAUGAGUUACAGCUUUAAAAGAUCAUGGAGUUUAUAUGAAAUCAUUUUAUGUUGAUCUUAGUGGCAGACUCAUUUUAAGAGACCAGCAAUAAUAGAAAAACUUUUGAUAAUGAAAUAAUGACUUAUAGAUGGAAUUAAGAUUAUGAACUAAGAGAAAAAAUUGAGAUUUAAAUUUUGAAAUAAGUGCAAGAGAUAUUUUUGCUUCUGAUGAGUGCUCCGAGCUACAUGUACCUUGUUUUUUUUUGGGGGGGGGGGGGGGGGG